UGCUGUAUCACCCUUAACGGGACGGUCGGGCGGUGACGUUGGGACGGGGGCACAGAGCUCUAUGAGCGGGCUGCUGCAGCUGGACCGAGCGGAACCAGAACGUCAUCGACCUGCAGACAGCCAUCUCUGUGAAUCUGAGGGACUGUUCGGCUUUUUCACGCCACCAUGAGGGAUUACACGGCCACCCCGAGCAACGGAGGGGGCUGCGUACCGUGUUGCCAAGUUUGCGUCUUCGUCUUUACCGCAUUUUUGAUCGUUGCAGAGAGGACGGCGGUGAUCUACUGCUUUGUGUAUUACCUUUGGAUAGGCCAUAACUACUGCUAUGCUCAUCUCGCUGGCUUCACAGCACUCUUCCUGCUCCCAGGUUGGGGUCCACAGUGGCUCAGUUACCUGUGGUAUCUCUCAGAUGGAAAAAUCCCCAGGAAAUCUCUCAGAUGGACACACAUAUUACACCUGGGUAUCUUCAAAAGGCUAUGGGAGUGUAUGCGUCUUCCAGAUGAGGAUGUGUACGGAGAAAUCAUGCAGCAGGCUGAUGCAUCUGCAUUACGCCUGUUUGAGGCCUUGGUGGUCACCCUCCCCGAGACGCUGCUCCAGACCUAUGUGCUCAUCUGUACUGAUAUAGGGGUCAGGUCUCCUGCCUCGGUGUGUUUUGCUGUAUGUUUACUAUCUCUGGCCUGGGCGCUGGUUCUUUAUGCCAGAGCAUGCUCACUCAUCAGGCCGGGUCACUUGCAUAUGACUCCAGCUGCCAUUCUCUGUCGACUCUUGUGGAGGGUUGGUAUGUUGGGAUCCAGGUUCGCUAUACUCAUGCUCUUCACACGUAUCUUCAAGCAGUGGGUCCUGGGAGUCGUUGGUGUGCACUGGCUGGGUGCAACUUUCUGGAUGGUAUCUCAGCAGACCGACAUCAUACGUUCAACUGGUCGAUGGAGACUUUUCAACCUCGUUCUGGGAGCCAUUCACGUCUUUCUCUUCCUCAACGUGAAGUACGGUCAAUCCAGAUACCGCAUAGCUGCAUUUUAUCUGGUCAUGUUUUUAGAGAAUGCUCUUCUUCUUAUGGCCUCCUCCUGGUUGUUUGCUAUGGUGUCCUGGGACACUGUGGGGAUCCCAGCUGCUGUGUUCUGCAGCUUCCUCAUUGGACUGAUAGCAUUGGUACUGUACUACCGUUUCCUCCACCCCAAGUCUUUUGAGAUCUUCCAGAGUAUUCGUCACAGGGGGAUUGGUGGAGCUUGCAUGGAGCAAGGAUCUACGCUUUCACUCGAGGAGAAAGUCGAGCCAAGUUUCCAUCAUCAUACAACAUUGUCUGGCGGUGGAACACUCAUGGACCUCCCCAUCCAAUGGGAAGGCUGGAAGCAUCACCACUGGCUGCUGAUUCGUUUAGCUCUUAAGACGGGGGACAUUCCAAAGAUCUGGUCAGCAUAUGGAGAAGGGGGUCUGGCCGGACUCAUGGGUCUCUCAGAAGAGUUUCACUCCCCUGAUAUGCAUCACGUACCCCGGGUUCCACCUCCUCAGUCGCGAGUUCUUCAAAUCUCACACCCAGCUCCUCAACCUACCCCUCCAGCACCUCCACCACAGAUUACCCACACUCCACAGGUGAGUCAAAUCGUCCAUCCCCCUAAACCGACUCACAGCACUGUUGUGGCCCGACCAGUGAGAAAAGCUCCUCCCAUAACCAUCCAGGAUAUGAGAAGGUUUCCAGAGAUCAUCCCAUUCCAGGAGGCAAUACCUGAGGAAACUGCAGAGGAGGAGUCAAGCGCUGCACCAUCAGAUGAUAAAGGUGAUGAGGACUUCCAGAGCGCUGCUUACGGCUCACUAUCGCUUUCAUCUCCUCAACAUGUUGAAAGCCUCCGUCACAUCGACAGCAAUGCUGCAUCUUUGACGGAGGCGUCGUCUUCUGUGGGUUCUCUGGACAUCAAGACACCUGGCUGGUCACCUGAGCGUCGCUCCCCUCUCUUGUUGGCUUCCCCAGAGAAGAAUGCGGGGACCCCUGCAGAAUCCAACACUACUCUAUAUUUCAGUGCAGAUGCUCCUUCGCCAUCCAGUGGGAGCUAUCUGGGCUGGGGUUCAGAGCUCUCGCCCAUCUCCUCCUACCGAAGACCCUACCGGAUCAGAGAAGCCCGCUUUGUCACAUCCACCCCACAACUGGAGGCUCAAGGUAGAGCUGAAAGCCCUGGGCCUACUCCGGUUGUUGUAAUUCCUGCCACUCCCGGCACAACACCAGGUACUACUCCAGGUGGGAGCCCUGGGGCCACCACACCUCUCGCUUCCACUCCUGCUGCAUCGACUCCAGUUGCAGCUUCAACUCCUGGUGCUACUAUGCCUGGUACUCCACUCACUCCAGUCAUCUCUCAUGUUCGCAAACAGAUGGUGCAGUAUGUGGACUUUAGAGAGAAUUUAGUGUAAAGUAAAAGUAAAAGGAAAGCUAACCUUUUCAGUAUAGCGGUUCAGUAUAUAAAGGCAUUCUUGUAUUAACUAACUUGUUGGAGAGUUAGGAAAUCUUUUUAGGUCAUCAUGGAGUAAAUCUAUAAAUUAUUUAUUCUGUUUACCCUUUUGAGCAGGCAAAUAUGUAAAAUAGGAAUGUAAGCUGAUGGCUCUUCAAACAUCUGUACUUUGCAAAGAUUUGUAAGAGUUACCAUUUAACAAAUUGUUUGUUAGUGGUCAGCUGGUUUGGGAUCAUGCCAUUACAUUGACAUUUCCAACUGGUUGGAAUGUACAUAGACAAGAGUUAAAAAGUGUGAGGAUGCUUGUGUCCACCUUGUGUGACACAUAUAUGCAUGCCAAUAAAUUAAAACAUUACCAAAUUUGAACUUAUUUCAGUAAUUCAAGUCAAAGUCAAACUCAUUUAAAGAUUUAUUGCAUGCAAAGGGAUUAAAUAGUUUAUUUCUGAGUUAUUGAUAAGCCUAACUUAAAUUGUUUUGUAAAAUUUGAAUCUUAAACAAGACUAAUAAAAAUAUAUAUCUAAUAUAUAUAAAUAUCAGCCUACUGAAAACAAUGUUUUUUACAGUUAAGCGACUUGAUUGCUCCUACUACCACACUUUUUCCUUCUACUCAACUUUCCAUUAACAUGUUUGGAGAGAGAAUUCCAGCCAGCUUCCAAGGAUAUUACCUUUUGUGGCUUACCCUCCUUGUCAAUGACUGGAAAUCCUGUUCUCCACAGUUGUGUAAGUCUUAACAUAAAAAUUCAGCUGCGGUAUAAUCUUGGCUCAGUGUAAUAAAUCUAUAUAAUAUGAGUUUUACUUUUCUGCAAUGAAUUCUGUUCCAACAAUUGCUGCUUCCUAUGUGGUAAAACUGUCAAUUUUAAACUGAUAAGAAGUAAAAGGAUUAGAGAUGACCACACUGUCUCUAUUUGGAUUUUUAGUAACAAAAUGUGAGAAAAGUUAUUUAAAAGUUUUUAUUUUGUAUAGAUUAGAUAAUGUCAAACACCUUCUUGAUUGUUGAGGGAUUCUCUUGUGCAUCUGUCCAAUCAGUCAGUUACUGACGGUUGCUGUUUACACACAUUAAUUUCACAUGUGCAAAUACAGAGGUCAUACUUUAAACAAAGGGAUCAGUCCAUGUUUUAUUUCCACUCUCAAGCAGACUAAUGAACAUAAUACAAUAGAUAAUGUACAUGUUUACCAUAUACACUGUAAAAUACUUGCUGUUGUUACCCACUUAUGUGGUUGUAGCACAAUAUUUACAUACGACACUACAGUCAGUGUGUUAGUUUAUUAAGUAAUUAUUAGCAAUAUACAGCAUUGGGGAAAGCAAAGAUUUAAGUCUGAUCUCAAUUGUUUUUAUUUUGCUUCAGCCAGAAUUUCUCAAACUCUUACAAUAGUUCAGAUCAGUAUUUCAUAUGGUUUUCUGAAGGCCUUUCAAAAGGUUUUAAGACUGUUUUUGUUGGUUGUUAAGCUACUUUACUCGGACCUCUGAGUCAUAUAGGGAUAAAAAGGCUCCUUGGUUCGACAGAAGAGCCAGUCUGGUCUUUAUACAUAACGGAGAACUUAGCAAAGAUCUUUUGCCUGAUUCUUAUUGGAAGUUUGUCACAAAAAACAAAACUGGUGCCCAUUUCUUAAGGAAAAACGCAAAGCUAAAUAUUGUACCAACAAUAAGGUGAUUCCUAAAGAGCUAGUAUUAGCUGAAAACUUGGUUCAAAGUAGAUCAGCAGUGUGUAAGUCACAGAAGCAAUUUGAAAAAUAGCAACAAAAAAAAAACUAUGAUUUAUUGAAGUAGACCGAUGGUCCCCAAGCUUGCAGAUUGUGAUCCACAAAAUAACAGUGUAAGAAACUCAUGACACCCAACUAUUAACGUACAAACAUUUCAUGUUAGGCUUUUCCGCUAAAGAGGUUCCAGUGCUUAGCCCUAGUUAAGCACUCACACAUUCAUUUGCUUUCUUGCUUUGUAAAAUGCGAUACCAAUUCUCAUUACACAACUUAUGUUUACUUAAGACUAAGGUCAGCAGAGCCAGAAAUUAAGACAAGGAAACAUAAGGGAGGGUGAGACAGCAAAACAAGACCAGGGUGCCAUGCAGAAAACAAGGUAAAAUGAAAGAAGCAAAUGGUAGGGGACAAUUUAUAACCAAGGGCCAGGAUGAGCAACAUGCCAAUGGUUACUAUGAUAGAGAGGGGGAAGGAAAUAAAGAGGUGACCAAACAAAGACAUAAACAUAAAAGUGAAGAACAAAGCAAUAAAACGGAAACAGAAGACCAAUUUAACAGUCUAUGAAAAAAACUGAUUAAAUCAGAUAGAAGUUACAAGGGAAGGUUCAGUGUCAUAACUGGUAGACCUGAUGUGAAGCUAUAUGGUGAAAUACAAUGUUAAUCAGUAUGAGAUGUAUUUAUGAUGUAUGUCUUCCAUAUUGUCCGUUGUGUUGAUUUUUUUUUUUAUAGCACUGACAUUCAAGCAGACAUCUUGUUUUUGAACCUGUAUAAUAAAAAUCGUAUUGUAAUGUUUAUUAGGCAGAUAAACUGCUCGUGUUUAAAGACACGAAAACAUAGAAGUUUAGGAAGACGUUAUGUAACAAAGAAAGAACUAAGCCAACAUGCUUUGGGCAGAGCCGCUUCAUUACAUGUGACCAAAAUAAACCCACUAGCAGCAGCUUCACUGCAUGGUACAGAAACAAGCAGUUUUGCUCUCUGAAAGACAGAAAGAACACACUUUUUUUAAAUACAUGCACAUUAUUGUAGUUAACACAGAUGCUAAACUGUAUGUGUAUGCAACAGCAAAAAGGAAGAUUAUGCACUGAUGAGAAUACAACACGCUCAUGCUUUAGUCUGCAGAAGUGCUUCGUCUUGUAAAAAGAUAGUCAGCUGCCACACUUGCCUGCUUUGUGUACUUAAUACACAAGUGUUUGUUUUGAUGCAUUUUGUAUUUGUUUUAUUUUUAAUUGUUUAAAUUUACUUUUAGAAAAACAAAAUGAAGGUUUAUGCUAGAUGUGCUGAGCUGAGUAAAAAGCAAAUUUGCUUGAGUGUAUCUUUAAUGCAAAAACUGAUGUUUUGUUUACAUGCAUCACAUUAUAUGUGCAAGGCUUCAUUACACUGGUCCCCUGUGGCAGAAGUGACCCAUAAAGUGUGUUAUCGAUGUGACAAAAAUAAAGACAUCUAUCAUGACUCAAGUAAAA